AGAUUAUAGAUCGCCAGCAGCAGCUGCCGUUUGUACAUUCAGCAGAGAUCUAAUCGUCCGCAGCUAUGGACAAGGCUAUAGCAAAGGUCAUAGUGACGUUUGGCCUGAUGUGCGGCUUGUCAUUGGCCGAGCCCCCGAUCUUGAGCAGUCAGUACGGCGUACCAGCGGUGACACCGAGCAAUUCCUACGGGCCUCCGAGCUUAGGCGGCGGCAACGCGGGAUACGGACAGUCGCAAGCUUCGCUGACUAACAGCUACGGGGUGCCCCUCGGGGACGAAGGUCAUGGCGGCGGUCACGGAGGUGGCGGCCACGGAGGCAGCGGACACGACGAGCAUCAAGAUUACAUCGACAGUCAGCCAAAAUCGUACGAGUUCGGGUACGCGGUGAAGGACGCCCAGUCCGGCAACGACUUUGGACGCAAAGAAACGAGCGACGGUGAGACCGUGCGGGGCGAGUACCGAGUUCAGCUGCCCGACGGUCGCACCCAGAUCGUCACCUACACGGCCGACUGGCGCACCGGAUUCCACGCCGACGUCAGGUACGAAGGAGUCGCCCAGUACCCCGAGCAGGGAUACGGCCGAGGAGCUAAUCAAGGAUACGAUCUCAACGCCAACAACUACAACAACAAUAACAACUACAAUAACAACAACAAAUACAACUAUAAUCAGCAGCAGGGCAGCAACGGAGGAUACGACUACAAUCCGCCGAGCAACAACAUCGACUCGGGAUAUAACAACGCCGGUAAUCAAGGAGCGUACAACAAUUAUAAUUCCGGCUACAACAAUUACCAAUCGGGAUACAACGGGGGCAACUCCCUGGACACGAGCAGCUACGCGGACGCAGUGCCUCCUCCGCCGCCCUCGGCGCCGCAGUCGACCUACGGCGUGCCCUACCGCAGGAAAUGA